UAUAAAAUCUCAUCAGUCGAAUUCCUCGCAUUUUUCGAGCCAUUCCGCUACGAAACCCCCGAGCAGCGAUAACGCACUGAAUUGUUCGGAGUGACGGGGGGAGAAGCGUGGAGGCGGGGCCCCCGGCACGGCUAAGUUCUUCUGACGGGGCGGAGACCGUUGCGCUUCCUUCGCUGAUACGCAGCUGACACCCGGUCGGGUCCAUUUGCGUACACCACCACUGAUUCGCCGACACUACGCUAACUAUGCGCACGAUCAUCAUUGCCAUAGUGUUUAGCCUCGCCUACAGUACCCUCGCUUACACUCUGCCUGGAUGGAAGGCUCCAGAAAAAGAAGAUAUGCAAUCAAAGAUCAAGACACUUCAAGAUCAACUCAUCUCACUUCAACAACAUUUAGACACGCUAACGUCUCAGGAUAAGGAUGAUUCUCGAAAAAUACUAUCUAACGACUGGCAACCACAGAAACGAAUGGUUCAAUGGCAGCCGAUGAAACGAAAUUUGGAUGAACGCCAAUCACUCUUGCACGCCAUCGAGGCUCGUCUCUCCGAAGUGCUACGAGCCGGUGAACGUCUUGGGAUUUCACCCGAUGAGGUUCUUCAAGAUCUACGCUUCCGUAAUCAACCCGAAAAAUAGGUCCCAUAGUACCUGAUAUUUUUGAUAUCAACAUUUACAUACAUUGUCGAACUCCAACUAAUACCUUCACUUAAGCAAGCUGGUUUGUACAAUAUUUAGUUUUUGAAUUCUUCAAUGUAGUUCAUAUAAACAUUCAGAAA